AUGGAUAUGAAACAUCUCCGGUCUAUCGGGUCAGAGAUCUGGGCCAAGAUCGGACAACAUGAUUGGACCAAAGAGGACGCAUGGAUGACAGUAGGAAUAGGUUUUGGAACUUAUAUCUUCAUUUGGUUCUUCAGAUAUCUUAAAGUUCACUAUCGAGUGAGAGGAUUGAAAAAGAUUAAUUCGGCGAUAGAGGUUUUCGAAGCUGGUCAUCGAUGGAAUUUACCUCAUAUACCUUUUCUACUCCCUGCAAAGGAUUUCACUUUGAAAGAACCUUGGAAAAUGCAAAAAAGACGGAGACAUUCCAGCUCACAAGAAGAAUACGAACAUGCCAAAUCAGACCUCAUAGCCUACACUCAAGCAACAACCCCAGGUUACGCAGUUUACUCCACUUCUAACCCUCAAGUAGCUCAGAAGAUUUCCACAAAUGUUCUCACUUUCGGUAAACCCAUCCACGUGUUUCGUUAUCGAGCCAUCAACAUUUUUGGACUACAACUUACUUCCACGCAGAGCGGACCAGAACAUCGCAGACAUCGGAAUGUGGUAAAAGGUUGCUUUGGGGAGGAAGUCAUGAUGACCGCAUGGGACAAAGCUGUGGAAUGUCUGGGUGAUAUGUAUGUCGCUGAAGGACUUGAAGAUGGUGGUGUUUUAGACAAUGUCAGAUUGGCCAUGUAUAAGCUCACAUUACUCAUCAUUGGUGCAGCUGGAUUCGGCGUAAAGUUCCCAUGGAAAGUCCCCGAAACUCAUGGUGAAAUCCUACCAUUCUACGAAGCUUUACAUCUCGUAGAGGUCAACAUCACCGCCGAACUCUUGGUCCCUCUUUGGUUAUUGGAAAACUUCCCACUCUCCUCCGUCCGUCGACUCGGAAAAGCACAACGAUCUUUGGUCCAUCAUUUUAAAAAUAUGAUCGAAACCCGCCGAGCUGUUCUCAAAGCCGAACAGGAAGGUUUGAACCCAGGAGAGAAGAUCAAACCUCCUUCAGAUCUCUUAGGAGCUAUCGUUGCGAGUCAAAUGAGUGUAGAAGCCGAGGAGAAAUUAAGAGGGGGAAGUAGACAAGUUGGUUUGACGGCGGAAGAACAAGUUGCCACUGUUUGGAUUUUCAUCCUUGCUGGUCAUGAAACUUCUGGGAACAUGUUGGCUUUCACUUUGGGUUAUCUUUCUGUCUAUCCUGAAUGGCAAGAAAAGAUUUUCAAGGAAAUUGAAGAAGCUUGUCAUGGUGCUUAUCCGACAUAUCGAGAAGUCAACAACAUGCCAUCCAUCCUAGCAUGUGUAUUCGAAUCCCUUCGACUUAGAGACUUAGCUAUGACUCUCCCUAAACUAGCAAUGGAAGACACUUCCAUUCCUUAUACAACAUGGGAUGAUCACGGUAAUACAACCCAUCAUAUACAUCCUAUCAAAAAAGGUGAUCAUAUAGUCAUUGAUGGACCAGCUGUAGGACAUAAUCCUUUUUUCUGGCGUGAUACUCAAACUUGGGAUCCGACCAGAUGGUUUGGAGGAGAAGGAGUGAUCAAUAAGAAUUUAUCGAUUUCUUUCUCAGCGGGACAGAGACAAUGUAUAGGUAAAAGAUUCGCAGAAGUUGAAAUGACGGCUGUUUUGGCUAGUAUAGUCAAGAAGUUUAGGUUUGAACCUAUUAGGAAUAAAGAUGAAACGGAUGAAGAGUUGAAGUUGAGGAUGACGGAUGGUUAUGAGGUUUUGACUUUGACUCCGAAUAAUUUCUCCAUCAGGUUUAUCAAACGUGAAGGAGUUUAA